AUGAAGGUCAGAUCCCAUGUACUACAGCACCUUCAUCUGGAUAAAAGUUACAGUCUGCUCACUGGAAGAAAUGUGAAGAUUAUUCUAGAAAUAUUUAAGCUCCUCGAUAUUCACGGGAAAAUGUGCUUAAACGAUAUUCAGUUUUAUCACUACAUGAGGCAAGUGACAGACCUAGACAAGAAAAAGAUCUACAAAGUAUUUGACAUGUUGGAUGUUGAUGGAUCUGGAGAAAUUGACUUUGAUGAAUUCUAUUUAUUGUCUUGCAUUUUGAUUGCCAUCAAGGAAAAGCAAGAAAAGCAGUUUAUAUUUCGCCAUUCAAGGACGGUGUUUGAGUUGCUUGACGAGGAUGGAUCAGGAACAAUAUCCGCUGAGGAGUUGGGCACCCUGGGCUUCCUGUUCAACUUCAGGUCGGAUGCAGUCAAAGGAAUUUUCGAAGAAUUUGAUGUAACGGGAGAUCAG